UUCAGUCUCAGAGCGGAGCUACUCAGAAGAACCAAAACAGGAAGGGGUUUGGAAAUCAGUGUGCAAAGGGGAGGACCGAAGCUUCCCCUCCCCCUACUCCUCCAGCCCCAUCGCAGCCUCCUUCUUCACCUUCCCCACUGCUUGUGUCUCCGGGUUUUGUUUUUUGUUAGUUUUUCUUUUUUUUCCCCUUCUUUUUUCUCUUCUUUUCUACCACCGUGGAAAAGCUUGCUGUCCGGGCGCUGCGAGAGCUACGAGCCGAGAAACUGCAGAGUAUCACAGUCGGCGCUCCGGGCAGGGGUCCGUCAGCACCGGAGAACGCGACUCCGCUAGCCCGGACAGACGAGCCGGCCAGAGCAGGACCACGGACAGCGGCUCCAGCAGCGCGGACAGAGAGCACCACCAACAUGGCUCCGAUCGCGGCCAGCCACCAGCAGUUCGAUGAAAUUCCUACAGUGGUUGGGAUCUUUAGUGCAUUUGGCCUUGUCUUCUCUGUCUCCCUUUUUGCUUGGAUCUGCUGUCAGCGUAAAUCAUCCAAAUCCAAUAAAACCCCUCCAUAUAAGUUUGUCCAUGUUCUGAAGGGAGUUGAUAUUUAUCCUGAGAAUCUCAACAGUAAGAAGAAGUUUGGAGUAGAUGAUAAAUGUGAAGCAAAGAACAAAUCAGCAAUGCCAAAGAAUUCUCUUCAUCUUGACCUGGAGAAGAGAGAUCUAAAUGGCAACUUCCCAAAAACAACCUCUAAAAUGCAGAGCUCUCCAGACCCUGAAAAUUCAUCUCCAAAGCACUUUUCAGAAAAGAAGAAAGAUUCAGUAUCCCCCGAUAGUUUGAAGUCCACUACAUCCCUGUCAUCUGAAGAAAAGCAAGACAAGCUAGGAACUCUCUUUUUCUCUUUAGAGUAUAACUUUGAGAAAAAGGCAUUUGUAGUGAGCAUCAAGGAAGCACGUGGGCUGCCAGCAAUGGAUGAACAGUCAAUGACUUCUGAUCCCUAUAUCAAAAUGACAAUCCUUCCUGAGAAAAAGCACAAGGUGAAAACUAGAGUGCUAAGGAAAACCUUAGAUCCUGCUUUUGAUGAGACCUUCACGUUUUAUGGGAUCCCCUAUAGCCAAAUUCAAGAUUUAACUCUUCACUUCAUGAUCUUGAGCUUUGACAGGUUUUCCAGAGAUGACGUCAUUGGAGAAGUCCUCAUUCCCCUUGCAGGAAUUGAAUUGUCGGAAGGAAGGAUGCUAAUGGACAGAGAGAUCAUCAAAAGAAAUGUUAGGAAGUCAUCUGGACGUGGAGAACUACUGAUCUCUCUCUGUUAUCAGUCUACAACAAACACGCUAACUGUGGUUGUUUUAAAAGCCAGACAUCUACCUAAAUCUGAUGUGUCGGGAUUAUCAGAUCCUUAUGUCAAAGUGAAUCUGUACCAUGUUAAGAAGAGAAUUUCUAAAAAGAAAACCCAUGUCAAGAAGUGUACCCCCAAUGCUGUGUUCAAUGAGUUGUUUGUCUUUGACAUUCCUUGUGAGGGCCUUGAUGAUAUCAGCAUUGAAUUUUUGGUUUUAGAUUCAGAUAGAGGGUCAAGGAAUGAGGUCAUUGGCCGGUUAACCUUAGGAUCUUCAGCAGAAGGAACAGGUGGAGAACACUGGAAAGAAAUCUGUGAGUAUCCUAGGAGACAAAUUGCCAAAUGGCAUAUGUUGUGUGAUGGUUAGCAGCUCAGAGCAGGAUCAGAACUUGAAAAACUAUAUAUAUUUCCAUAGGCAAGGAGCAGUUUUCUUUCUUUGCUAUCUGUAAUUGCAGGCUUGUAACUACGAGACUUUUUUUGGGAGGGUGGGGGAAUACAAAACUAGAUUGAAUUGUCAAAACAGAAGGUAACUAAAUUUUCAGAGGAAAUAAAGGAAUUUAUAUUUCAUUAGACUUUAACUUAGUUAGAUUAGAUUAGUAUUUUUCUGUAGUUUACAUAGCCUAAAAAUUCUGAAGCAGUAUGAUCUUCAACAAGAACAGACUAACUUUUAUGAAGAAGUCACUGGAAAACUUAUUAGCACUGUUAUCCAGAAGAAGAUAACCUCAUUAAAAUGUACUACUUGAUCAAAGAAAAAAAACUGCAGCUUAAUCUAUGAUUCCACAAUUAUUCUGGGAAGGCGCUGAGUCUAUAAACACAAUGGGGAUUGAAAGUGAAUAAGAGGGGCAUUCCUUCUGUCCCUCUGUCAUAAACCUUCUUUUAUGAAAAUUCAAUCAUUAUUUGUAAGUUUUGGUUAUUUAUACUUUGAUCAUUCCAAAGACUGAAGAAAUUUUCAGUGACUUGCUUUAAAUACUACAUCACGUGCAACUAGUUGUUUUAUGUGUGGAAAUACUGUAUAAUUAUUUACACUUGGAUUUUUUAAUAUGUAUAUAUAUAUAUCCUGUUUUAUUACAGUGACUAAAAUAGAUACAUUCUAAAAAUCAUUGGGUAAGUUAAUGUAUAUUGUCUUGUCUAAAGGGCUCCUCUAAGAGUUACUGUACACGUUAGAAUUUGGGAUUAGGCAUGGGUUACGUUUUUUUUCCUCUAGUAAAGAUUAAACCUUCAGUGUUUCAUGCCAAGUGAAAGCACUUAUGCUGAGAUGAAGAAGCAUACAGGUUAAUUCUGUCACCAACCUUUCACUAAUUAUUAGUUACAUUUAAUGUAUUUCAAUAUUAUUUAAGGAGACAUUGUUUCUCCUUUUGAUUUUUUCAUUAAAUGAAAAAAAGAGAGAAAAUCAUGAGACAGAAUACAAAUUCUUAUUCAUUUGUUUAACUUCCUGAACUUUUGUCACUACAGUCAGUAAGACUACUCCCAACAAAAGAUGAUUAAUGAAUUCUUAGACAUUUUCAGUAUAGGAAAUCAAGUUCAUUCUAUGAUUUAUACAGUAUUACAUUAGACAAAAGUCUGGAAAAGUGCAUUUCACUUAGAUGACGUUCAUUAAUGUCUACUACUGAUUGCACUGAAAAUUGGUGAUAAAGAAAAGGUGUCAUUGCUUCAUGUUAGUGUGACGUAUGUGUGCUUAAACUUAAUUUGUGCCAGGCUACGGGAAUAUAAAGUGUAAAAAAAAUAAGUAUAUAUAUGAGGGAUCUAGGCCUAUGAAAUUCACUCUUCACUCUCAUACCUAACAUAUUUUUAGGCCGUCAGAGCUGUAGCACAAAUAUAAGCAGUCACUCCCUAAAGUUUGUACACUGAUACCGAAGUUUGAAAAUACUGCUCUGAUGUCAUUUUUAAUUACGUUAAAGUAAACAAUGAUAUAUGGGAAGGUAACAGAAGGAGGAUGCCACUGAAAAAAAAAAAAAAAGAUAUUACUUUAUUCUCAUUGAACAACAGAUCUGGGUCUUACUCAAAAUUUUUGGCUAUUUCUUGUUGACUUUUCCCUGUUUUCAUAUGGCCAAAUUAUGUUUGCAGUAAGGCACACUGAAAUAUGAAAUAUGCAAGUAGAAAUAUAAUACUGGAAGAAUUCUAUUGAGGCUCUUUCAGAUUUUGUGUGAGUAAUUUCUUCAGUUUUUGAGAAUGUGUUUGAUAUAACAGUGUUUAUAAAGUUCUGUAAAAAUUCAUUUUCAAAAUGACGUAAACAUGCUUUUUAUGAUAAUGCUUAAUGUACAAAAAGAAUGCGUAUUGUAUGUACAAAGGAGAAGAAUCUUUUUUUUUGCUUAUUUCUUUUGAAAGCUGAUUAACUUCUCAAGGGCUAGAUUUGCCAACCUUGUCCAACUAGAUGUAAUUCAAAGCCACACAGUCAAAGGAAAGAUGCCCACAAGCUUCAGUGGGAUUUGAAAUGCAAUCACAGACUACAAUUCUUCUUGUGAGUCAACUCAGUACAAUGAGACUAUGGACAGAGGAAGGUUUAAUAGUGGCUGAAAGAAUAUAAGACAGCAUUAUAUGACCAGAAUUGCUAAUAUUUCUGGUAAGGACACUUUUAUACUAAAAGUGAUUGCAUCAAAUAGGGUGAGACAGCUGGUAAUUCAGUUGGCAACUAAAAUAAACAAACAAAUAAAUAAAAAAUAGGUUUUUUACAUUGGCCCAUAAGUAAUGCAAUAUCUCUGAAAAUCAGAUGACAGGAAUCUCCAACAGACUCAGAUUCUGACAUAAGAGGAAGAAAAUCAGACUUUUAAAGUUAAUGAUGAGCUAUUAACAUUGUUUAUUUUGCAUCUAACAAGUAUUUUUUUUUUUCCAAAACUGUAUUUAACUUUUUAGGGAAGCCUGAGGGUUAGCAUUUCUACCCACUAAAUGGCAUUUGUUGGUGGGGCAAGGGGUAGGAAUGGGGAAGGGAAGCAAAGAAAUUUUUAUUAAAUAGAAAACACUAGGAAGCAAUUUUUUUUUCAUUUAAUGUAAUAUUUAGCUUGGAAAGUUGAGUAAAGAAGACUUGUUAAGUGUCUGCAAACCAGACAAGACAGGAGCGAAUGCAGACCUGUCUCAAGAUAAGAAAUUCUGCUGUUUUAUAACGCAUUCAAUUCGCAUUGUGAAUAUCUUGAACUCUGUCAAGGAUACUGUACUGUAUUAAACAUGUAAAAAAAUGAUGUUUGUCUAAGUAGUUUACAAAAAUAAUAACUCCUUAAAUGGAGACUGGGGAUCUGUAGUAACUAAAUACCUUAUUUGUUAUGGUGUUGUAAUUUAAUAGAAGCUGUUCGAGAGGAAGCAUGGUGUAUGAGAUUUUGUAAGUUAUUUGUGCUGGUUCUGUAUGUUGUGCCGUGUGUGUAAGACAAGAAUAAAGUGCUG